AUGCCCUUCUCCUUCAAUGCCACCUGGGUCAGCGCAGUACAUUUACACGACUUCGGCGUCCGAUCUCACUCUUUCACCUCAUUGCACUCCGGCGCUAGCGAGGCCGACAUUUCUAUCCGAGCUUCAGACAAGUUCUCUGCCACUUUUGCAAUCGACCCUGGUGAAAGCUCCAGUCCUUGGGUUGUCGCUAUCGAUAAGAUACUUCGGGAAAUUUUCUCGACUUCAUGUGGUAGAUACCGCGCCGCCGCACAACGCGAUUUUGACCGACAGCCAAGGCCUCGCGCUGGUGAUCUCGCCAUGGAUCCUUCAUCUGACUUCAAGUCUGUGCAGGACAAGAUCCAGAACGCCUUGGUAGCGACCACGAAGACCACAAAUCGCAUUGCUGGCCAGGACCUCAGCUUUCUGCGAACGCUAGAUUCCUCCGUCGCCGAUCGACUCGAUGAGAGGACUGGAAGACUUCUGCGGCUAUCCAAAGGCUUGCUUGAGGCCGCCUCCAAGACCACCGGCCAGGCAGCUCCCGACCUGGAAGAUGUCGACGACAUAGAUAUCGCCUGGCGCGGGACUGUCGAUGUGAUAGACUCUCUUCUGGAAAAGGCCGACACAUGCCUGGACGAGUACACAGGUCUCAUCAAGAGAAAAGCCGCGCCGUCGGUGGAUCCUGGUCCUGCCUCGAAGAAGCCAAAGCAGACCGAUAGACUCGAUCACUCGCUUCGCAGGGCGAACAUGCUCAAGCCCCAAAACGGCUUCGAACGCAAAGCUGACAACUUCCCAAGCGGACCAUGGAAGCCCCUGUUGAGCACCAAGCCUCAUGCGUCCGUUCCACUCGAAAAUAGUCUGGGCACGUUCCAAGACGAAGAGGACAAUACACAGUACGACCCCACCAUUUACUUUUCUUUGAUUUUGUCACAUCUUGCAAAGGCUUCAGCAAUAAAGGGCGCCAAGAAGAGAAAGACGACGCCUUUCGACAAGCGGAGAAUGCUUCAACGGCUUGGCUCAACUAGAGACACUAAUGGCAACUUCAGAUACAAGCACCCGUACGAGACCGAGAUCAGCAACCUGAAAUACCCCGACUCUCUCUACGAAAAGCGAGAUCCGAUUCCGUAUCUACCAGUGGAGAAAAGCGCAGCCAUAUGGGUCGAUACAUUUGAGGGAGUCCUGGACAUGCUCGAGGACCUCAAGCAGGCACCCGAGAUCGCCAUCGAUCUUGAGCAUCACGAUUUCCGCACGUACAACGGCUUGUUGUCGCUAAUGCAGGUGAGCACUCGCGACAAAGAUUGGGUUAUAGAUACUCUCAAGCCCUGGCGGCACCGGUUGGAGGUUCUCAACGAGGUCUUUGCCGACCCUACCAAAGUCAAGGUUUUCCAUGGCGCCUACAUGGACAUCAUAUGGCUUCAACGAGACCUCGGGCUAUAUAUCGUUGGGCUGUUUGAUACUUUCCAUGCCUGUGAGGCUCUCAGUUACCCAACACGCAGCUUGGCGUACUUGCUGAAGAAAUUUGCCGAUUUCGAUGCCGACAAGAAGUAUCAGUUGGCUGAUUGGCGCAUAAGACCGCUGCCAGAGGAGAUGCUCUACUACGCGCGUUCUGAUACGCACUAUCUCCUUUAUGUCUUUGACAUGCUCCGCAACGAGAUUCUGGAGCACACUGAUCGCACGAACCCUGACAAGGAUCUCAUGGGCUGGGUCCUGCAACGGUCCAAGGAGACGUCUUUGCAGCGCUACUCGAAUCUGGAGAGCGAUGCCGAGACUGGCCGUGGCGCUCGAGGCUGGCUGGCGAGUCUCUCCAAGACAUCCGUUGCUCUGAAUGGCCAACAAUUUGCCAUUUACAAAGCCGUCCAUCAAUGGCGGGAUGACCUGGCACGUCGAGAGGACGAGAGCCCUGGAUUCUACAUGGCGCCGCACGCAGUCAUGGAAAUCGCGAAGAUCAUGCCUACCGACAUCAAAGCCCUGCACAGUUGCUUAGGACAUUCGGCGUCUGCCGUGAAGACCUCGAUCAACGACCUCUUCAAGGUGGUACAAGACGCCAUAGCAGCGGGCGGCGCUAGUGGGCCCUCACUCAUGGAGUUCUACCGUCAGGAUUCCGUGGCACAAGUAGCCAAGCGAGAAUUGGGAGAUGCACGGACAUAUAGCCAGGCACCACAGGCGGCUCGAGAUCCAGAGGUCCCCCCGAUCGAAGAGUUGAGACUCGAACAGUCUCAGUUGCUUGGAACCGUGCCUAUCAGCAGUCUCUGGGAGCAACGCACCGCCCGGCGGGCACUACCCACCAGGGAUAGGGUCCCGGUACCUUGGACUUCAUUGGUGGAGAAUGCAAGCGUAUUGGACGGGUCGAGUCUGCCGCCUGCGGAGGCAGCCGAGAUUAAUACGACAGAUGCGCCCACGGAGCGAUCAGCAGAAGAUGAGGUCGCGGCCGAUCCUUUCACCCUGCGGAGAGGCACGAAACGCAAGAGCGACACCAUGGCGCAAGAAACUGCACAAGAGUCCGACACAUCGUCAGAGGAAGAAGACACGUCCUCAGAGGAGGAGGAGGAGGAGGAGGAAGAAGAAGAAGAAGAAGAAGAAGCUGAGCAGUCCAAGGAAGCGCGUAAGGAGGAACGCAAGAAAGCAAAGCGACUAGCCCAAGAGGAGGAAGAAAAGCGACGGCUCCAGCGCAAGGCCGAGAAGAAGAAGGCGAAAGAGGCACGCAAAGCUCAAAAAUCGGGUGCCGACGAAGAGGGCAACUUUGUGCCCUUUGAUUACAACAGCGCGCAGUCUGUCCUCCAUUCUCAGCGUGCCAACAGCAGCAACGUCGUCAGUGACGACAAGAGGAAGAAGAAGAAGAAGGUCUUCGACCCCUACACGGCGAAGAUCGCGGAUGGACCGAAGGGCGCGAGACGCAUGCAUGGAGAAAAGGCAGGCAAGAGCGCCACGUUCAAGAAGUGA